AUGACUAUUAAUGCUAAGUUACAUGGGAAUUGCAAAGGCUUGUUUCUCUUGGAGUGGAGCAAUUUCCUUGACGACUCCAUCACUCUGGCUCUGGGGAAAGGUUGUCCUGUUACAUUUUAUUCCAUGGUCACAUCUGAGAAGAUCAGUGGAGAAUCUGCUAGACUGAAAGUGGCCAAAAUAGAAGAAGCAAAAGAUCCCAGAGAAGCAUUGUGUGGGUCUUUAUCCUCACUGAUGAAACCAAUGGAGGUACUGGAUGAGAAUGCUGUGGAUGCAAUUGUCCAGUAUAUUUCAAAUGAUUUACCAAGGGAGUUAAUGUCAUCCCAGGCAAAAGCAAUUAUUAAAACUACUGAUAAUAGUUUACGGCCUCCAUUUGUCCCCAGUAGACUUUUGCAUUCAGUGGGAGGAUCAGACGGGUCAGGACAUCAGGAUUGCUGUACACAUCAAACAGCAACAGAUCACAGCUAUGAGGAAAUAUCAAACCCAGAUAGCUACAUAUCAAACAGUAAAAACAAUUCUCGAUUCAUAUCAGCAUCCAAGAGAAACAGGCAUGUCAGGGCUCUGGUGGGUCAACUGAGAGUUUCAGAAAAUUCCCUAACAUUUUAUUCAGCUCAGAACUGGCAAAGAUUGUCUAAAAGAUACAAACUUCAACCAAGAGUGAUUAAAGUAACAGCUUACAGAAAUGGAUCUCGAACAGUCUUUGCCAAAGUUACUGCACCAACCAUCUCCUUGUUGCUGGAGGAGUGCACGGACAAGCUAAAUCUGAAUACGGCCGCAAGGCGAGUGUUCUUGGCAGAUGGCAAGGAGGCCCUCAAACCUGAAGAUGUACCCCAAGAAGCUGAUGUUUAUGUUUCAACAGGAGAGCCUUUUAUAGAUCCACACAGAAAAAUUAAAGGUGAAAAAGGAAUGAAAAAAAAACCCUAUCCUCAUACAAAUGGUACAAGUUUGUCAUCCCAGCUGUAUCAGGAAGCCUCAAAUACACAGACCAUGGUACAGGUUUUAGAUAUUUGCACAACAAGAAUGAAUCUACAUUCACCAGCUAGAUAUCUUUAUGAUUUAUACGGCAAAAUAAUUAAAGAUGUUUCAACAGUUCCUCUGCUUGAAAAAUGCCUGCAAAAUUCCAUCACACCUUUGCGGGGACCACUUUGGGUCUCAAAGGGAGAAGGUUUCAGCCCCUCAGGAGCUAAGAUGUACAUCCAAGAAGUUCUUUUGGCCCUGUACCAACGAUUAAAGUCUGCAAAAAAAUAUUACGAACAGAAGAUCCUUCUCUCCCCGUCCAUCCGUCUUCUGAUGUGCAAUUCUGUGGCUUCCCACGAUGGCAGCACAGAAUCUGGGGUGCUCUCUGCGCACCAAUGGGUCCGCUAA